UCAGACCUACGGCGGCCAUUUUGUCUGUAGCUGCUUUUGAAAACACGGGAAACCGUGUUCGUACAUGAAUAUUGGACACUGCUCACAGUACAGAACAUAAAAUGGAUGUCAUAAAAGACAGAUCUGGUGCCAAAGAACUCGACCAAUGGAUUGAACAGUUGAAUGAAUGCAAGCAAUUGUCUGAAAAUCAAGUUAAAUCGUUGUGCGAAAAGGCCAAAGAGAUUUUAACAAAAGAGUCCAAUGUACAGGAAGUGAGAUGUCCUGUGACAGUGUGUGGAGAUGUCCACGGCCAGUUCCAUGACCUGAUGGAACUAUUCCGCAUUGGUGGAAAAUCACCCGACACAAACUACUUAUUUAUGGGAGAUUAUGUAGAUAGAGGUUACUACUCUGUAGAAACAGUUAGUCUUCUAGUAGCAUUGAAGGUAAGGUUUAAGGACAGAAUCACAAUCCUACGAGGGAACCACGAAAGUCGUCAAAUUACCCAAGUAUACGGUUUUUAUGAUGAGUGCUUAAGAAAGUAUGGAAAUGCCAACGUAUGGAAAUAUUUCACCGAUCUGUUUGAUUACCUCCCUCUCACAGCCUUAGUGGAUUCACAGAUAUUUUGUUUACAUGGUGGUUUGUCGCCAUCUAUAGACACAUUAGAUCAUAUACGAGCAUUAGACAGAAUCCAGGAAGUUCCUCAUGAGGGACCAAUGUGUGAUCUGCUAUGGUCUGACCCCGACGACAGGGGUGGCUGGGGUAUAUCUCCGCGUGGUGCUGGCUAUACCUUUGGACAGGACAUUUCAGAGACCUUCAAUCACAGUAAUUCUCUGACACUGGUAUCCAGGGCGCAUCAGCUAGUCAUGGAGGGUUACAAUUGGUGUCAUGAUCGGAAUGUGGUAACAAUAUUCAGUGCUCCCAACUACUGUUACCGUUGUGGAAAUCAAGCGGCUAUCAUGGAAUUAGAUGAUGCUCUUAAGUAUUCAUUCUUGCAGUUUGAUCCGGCACCAAGGCGAGGAGAACCUCACGUAACAAGGAGAACUCCAGAUUAUUUCCUGUAGGAACAGAACAAAGAGCUUUGCAGAACAAUUUCAUGCGCUAAUACUAGUAUCUAAAAAUGUUGUACCAGAGUUUGUAUGUGAAGUCUUUAGUGCUGGGACUCUGCCAACUGACUGAUCUGUGACCAGCAGUGGUGUACUGACCAGCGAUAUGUCGAUCCCUACCAGCACAUCAAGAAUGACGUUUUAGUUUUUGUUUUAUUAAUACAUGGAGAGAUAACAGCUCAUCAAAUAUUGACCUGGUCUUCAACUUUUAUAUGAAGAGAAAGGAGGAUUACUUAGAAGUUUUGCCAGUGAGUAGAGGGAUGGGGUUAUCUAAAUGUAAUGCACUAGUUUCCAUCUUUUCCAGGCACUUGUGUUCUGGUGUCAUGAGUGUGCAAUUUUAAUGGAUUGUAAUUUUCACGUGUUCAGUAUGUAAUGGGCAAUUAGAUACGUUGAUCAUGGUAAACUUGUAGACCUGUUUCAUUUGUCAGAAGCAGUCAGAAGAAGAAUGACACAACAUCAUCAACAUAGAGAUACAGUUUUAUUAAAGUAUCUAUCAUAAGUGUUAUUUAUCACUUCACGAUGUCAUGUUCUAAUAAAUGAUAUUAAUAAAUGAUAUCAUUGAAUAAAGAAAUUAGUCCUAAAAAUUUUUACAGGAUUGCAAAUUUUUUAAUAUUCAUUUAUAUCUGAAAAUAAUUGCAUUGUGUAUAAACUGGACAUUUUCUUCCCAAAGCAAAGUUAAUUUUGUAGGAAUCAUAAGUUAUAUGUGAGUAGGAGGUGAGAUUAAACAGUCCUGUGUGAUUAUUUAUAUAUUAUGUAAUUAGUGGGCCGUUUAACUGGACCUGGUAGUGACACUCAAUGCUUGUGUACAUGGUAAAUAGGCAUCAUUGUGCUAAAUAUUGAACUUUUGUUAUAUUUCGUAAUGUAUGAAUGGAAGUAAGGAAAUCACAAGAUGAAUGAUUGUAUGAAAGAAGUCUCUCUUUUUUUUGUCAAACCUUUGUCUACUUUUGAGUUUUAUUUCUUUCAUUCUGCCAAAUGUUCAAAAUUGAUUGGAUUUUUUUCCCAACAAGGCAUUGCCAAUAUAAAGAACAUAUUUGUAGAAAUUAAGAUGCACGCCUGUGUAAUAUGUACUGUAUGAUUGGAUUAAAAAAUCCAGCUGUCUUUUGAAAUGGCAUGAGUUUUUCGCAGAAUAUGUUUUGAAGGAGCCAAUUUCUCUCCCUUUCAUUCUCUCGCACACCUUUUUAUGUAAAAAGGUCUGAUCAUCCUCUUUUUGAUCUGAAAGAUGUUGAUAAUUUAUGCUAAUGCUAGAUUACAUAAUGUCAUAUUUCCUUAGCAUAUAUGCCCAACAGAUUUAUUACACAUAAAAGUAGCUUAUUUAACUCUAUGUAUGUUUUAUAUGGUUGAAGCAUUUUCACUGGUUGCUUUUCUGGAACAAAAGGAUUUAGAAAUGCAUAAGAAAAUAACACCCACACCUGACAUUUGACUUAAAUGGUUCCUCUGCAAACACAUAAUUUAGUUAUCACUAAAAUUUCAAUUCUUAAAAGGAAAGGAAUCUGUGAAGUUUAUUGUGAUUGUUUAAAACAUUUAUCUGUUUAAUGUACACAUACAAUAAUCUUGUGUUUAGGUAUUGUAUUGACCAAUAUCAUUUGACGGAGUUUGAAAUAAAAAGUGUAAAUUUGUAGUGUAUCAUUUAAUAGUACAGUAGUUCUGAGUUGUCAAAGUGUUGAUUAAUGUAUUAAUAUGUUCCUAGCAGACUUCUAAUCAUUUGGAAUUUUUUGUUUUGUGAUGUUUUGAGUCUUUUUAUCCUUCUGUUGAUCCUGAAACUAAAUAUCUAUUGACACGGGGAUUGUCAUAUUGAUAUGUAGUUAAAAACAUGUUCCACAUGCUUCAGUACAGUGAAUUGUAGUGUGAUAAUAAAUUUUUAAGAAUUUUUUUCUCGCCAUGAUCAUCCUGAGCAAUGAAUUAUUACAUACUGUGAGUGUCAUUGAAUCGGGAGAUGCAAGAUUUUAGACUUUACAAUUUGCACACGAAUACUUAUGUCGACAAAGUUAUUGAUAAUAAAGAUGAAGUAACAGCUA